AUGCUUCUCCGCCUUGGUCACGAAACGGAUGGCCCUCUUGCGCUCUUGCCUGGGUUCCCUCAUGGCAACUAUCCUCGAUAUCUGAUUUCUUUUCCGUUACAUCUUUUAAAGGGCUGCCUGAAGCCUGCACCGAGGCGGCAGUCCCGUCUUGUGCUUCUAUCAUUGCCCUGGCGUGAGACCGGUCGCUCACGAUUUCCGACCUCCACACAACUCGUUGGUCUUGAAUCGCCUAUUUUACUCCUAAAUAUCUCUCAGUUCACAAUUCAGAAGUGA